GUGCCCGGCCGGGGGAAGGAGGUAUGUGAUUUCCUUAUCGAUAAGGAAUUUUUCUGGGUUCCAUUUACAUCACUGGGAGCUUGAGCUACCUCCAUUACAAGGGGGGUAUGAAGUCCAGCUUUUGACGUGGUCUAUUCCCCUCCACGAGCCAUUGAUCUACUUUGAGGAACUCUAUAGACGAGCUCUGCGUCGAUCUUCGCUGUCGCGUUUAUUUCUUCGUUUAGAUCCCCAUCUCUUGUAGCAACUGCGGGCUAUUCCGUAUAGCAACUUCGGGCUAAGCUCCGGCGCAUGCGAUGACCGGAGCUCGUGUGCUGGAGACCGCGCUGCGCCGCGUCGUCCGGCCAAGGAUCGGAGGAAGCGGCAGCGUCCAGCGGACCCUGGUCGGAAGCUCCCAGAAUGAACGUCCGUCACAUUCAGCAAGGCCCGUCGGCCUAAACCCAUCGACCUCCGAGCACCACCGAACAAUACACACGACACCAUUAAACCUAUCCCCCUCCUCCUCGCCGUCGAAACCAACAACAACAACGACAACAUGGCGCAGAGAACCCCAUCAACCCCCAACGACAACCCACGACCCGAUUGCCGACCUCCCAGCACAGCUCUGCGGCGUGAUGCGAAGACUAGCGCACUCGGUCGUCGUCGCCACGGCCACGGACCGCGCGGGUCGGCCGAGGGGCAUGACGAUGUCGAGCUUCGUGAGCUUGAGCAUGGAGCCCGUGCCGCUGGUGACGUUCAACGUCCGGACGCCGAGCCGGACGCUCGAUGCGAUUCAUGAGAGCGGCGGGGUUUUCAAUGUGCAUGUUCUCGCAGAGGGAGGGGAGGGCGCGAGGGUUGCGGAUUUGUUUACGAGGGGGAACGCUGGUGCCGGGGAGGGGUUGUUUGAGGGGUUGCCUGAGGGGGUUGAGGUUGUUGAGGAGGAUGGGGAGGCGCCUUUACUUGAAGGGAAGGGGGUGUUGUAUGUGAUCAAGUGUCGGGCUCUUGGGGAGGGGAUGGUGAGGGUUAGGGAUCAUGUUGUUGUUGUUGGGGAGGUUGAGGGGGUUGUGAGGGGGGGAGGGGAGGGGUUUGGGCUUGUUUAUGCUGAUCGACGGUAUCGGACGCUGGGGGAGUGUUUGGUGAAGGGAGAGAAGUGAAGACGGGAGACUGAGGUUGGAGAUGUUGUGUAUCAUACCCCAUGUAUAGAGAUUGCGGAUAGAGUGUAUACUAUGUGAGGGAAACUCCGCCCAUUGAUUUCAAAGAGGAUGGUUAGGGCGGCUAUAAAUCGGCACUGGGAGCUUUGUUAACGGUAUGAACUGGGCUUUGAAUUAUUUCCAACAACCAGCUUUGCACAAGAGACCGUCAGGUGAGAGAUAUCAAACAGGUCGGUUUUGGCCAAGUCCGAUAGAUAAAAUUCUCUAGGUUCAUUCAUUCUAUGCAU